CAGAAUAUAUAUCUCGGAAAAAAAGGAGCGACCACCAUCUUUUUAUCUAUGCAAAUCUGUAGGUCGAAGAAGCAAAAUUGGCAUCCGCUAAAUCGAAUUAUUGAAACAUAGACUAGCGGUUCACUCUCACUGUCAGCUCAAAACCCUUUAGUUAGUUGCCAUUCUUCCUCUUUCUGUGGCCUAUCCCAACUACUCACUCACUCAAUUUCAAAAAUGAGCUGGUGGUGGGCUGGAGCUAUUGGCGCUGCCAAGAAGAAAUUCGACGAAGAUGAAGCGCCGCGAAGCUUCCAGAGCGUGGCACUCGUGGUCGGCGUGACCGGCAUCGUCGGCAACAGCCUAGCUGAGAUUCUGCCUCUCGUCGACACGCCCGGUGGACCAUGGAAGGUCUACGGCGUCGCACGGCGGCCCCGUCCCGACUGGAACGCCGACAACCCCAUCGAAUACAUCCAGUGCGAUAUCUCCGAUCCCAACGACGCCCAAGCCAAGCUCUCCGUAUUGACCGAUGUCACUCACAUCUUCUACGUGUCGUGGACCAAUCGACCCACCGAGGUCGAGAAUUGCGAGGUUAACGGUGCUAUGCUCAGGAACGUCCUACGCGCUCUCAUCCCAAACGCUCCCAAUCUCCGCCACGUGUCCCUCCAGACAGGUACAAAGCACUACCUAGGACCCUUCGAGCUGCUCGGCAAGAUCAAGUUCCACGAACCGCCGUUCACGGAGGAUCUGCCGCGCUUGGACGCACCCAAUUUCUAUUUCACACAGGAGGAUAUAUUGUUCGAAGAGACUGAAAAAAAGGAGGGUUUGACAUGGUCCGUUCAUAGACCUCAAACCAUCUUUGGCUUUUCCCCUUACAGUUUGAUGAACCUCAUCGGAACGCUUUGCGUUUACGCCGCCAUUUGCAAGCACGAGGGGCUUCCCUUGAGAUUUCCCGGCACCAAAGAAGCGUGGGAAUCUUUUUAUGCGGCUUCCGAUGCGGAUUUGAUUGCGGAGCAGCACAUUUGGGCUGCUGUGGAUCCUUAUGCUAAAAACGAAUCCUUUAACUGUAGCAACGGAGAUGUUUUCAAGUGGAAGCAUCUGUGGAAAGUGUUGGCCGAACAGUUUGGGAUUGAUGAUUAUGGGUUUGAGGAGGAUUCUCAUUUGAGGUUGUCGGAGAUGAUGAAGGACAAGGGUCCUGUGUGGGAUGAGAUUGUGAGGGAGAAUCAGCUUCAUCCUACUAAGCUUGAAGAGGUUGCUGAGUGGUGGUUUGCAGAUCUUAUAUUGGGAGUUGGGGGCCUUUUAGAUAGCAUGAACAAGGCCAAAGAGCAUGGAUUUUUGGGAUUCAGGAACUCCAAGAAUUCCUUCGUAGCUUGGAUAGAUAAGACCAGAGCUUACAAGAUUGUGCCUUGAAUUGAAUCUUGAUAUUCCUGGUCCUGGUCAGUGGAUAUGCUACUCUGCUUCUGCUUUGAAUUUCUUUUUUUCUAAUUUAUUUGGAAUAAUAAAACUCGAGGGAAAUAGUUGUUUAAAGAAGGAUAUUGUGUAUCCAGGUUUAUGUUGUGUGUUCUGUUUCUGUGUUGUAAUGAUGCUGUAUUGGGAGAUGAAUUUAUGUGUUUGUAAA